UAGCAAAGGCGGCCAUGCUUUUGGUUUCUCAGGACAACGGUAAACAACUGCUGCGCUGAAGCAGAAGCUGAAGUCAGUGUGCGCGGUGGUAUUGGUAAGCAUUCUUUGGGCUGUGGUGUUGGUUCUGUGCUUGCAUUUCACGUAAGCGGAAUGUGAAGGGAUGGAUCCUGAAAGCUUAAGGGUGAAGAGUGGAAGAAGAAGGGAACUGCCACCCUUGCCCCAGACUACACGGGGCAGGACACUGCCUUCUUUGGCCAGUGAGGACACUGUAGAUGAGGCCCCGGUGCCCAGGUCCAGGCGGAAGAAAUCCAGACGAGAGCCCGAUGGUGUAGAGGACACAGACACUGGCAUGGAGAUGGGGGGCAUGGCCAGUCCGAGGCAGUCGGAGAGCCAGCCAGCUGCCACCCCAGAGUCCCAGGAAGUGCCUGCUCCAAAGAAGAAGAAGAAAAAGAAACAACCUACCAUUGACAUGGAGGGAGAUCACGCUGAGCUGGUGAAUGGAGAGGCGUUGGAACAGGGGACGGACGGAGAGGAGGCACCACGCAAAUCCAGGAAGAAGAAGAAGUCGAAGGUGGUGGAGACGCAGUAUGUGAAUGAUCUGGACGUGGAGGAGGAUGACAUCAUCUCCGACCCCCAGUCUCCCGUGCCACAGCACUCCCUCUUCAACGCCCCCGUGGGGCAGAGCCAGCCCAUGGGGAAGGUGUUCGUGGAGAGAGGCAGGCGGUUUCAGGCAGCUGAUCGAAUAGACAGGCGGACUAUCAGUGAUCAACUAGACACAAACUUCAUGGACAUGCAGUCUAAUUGGACCACCAAAGAUGUCUCUCUCAAAGUGCACAGUGGAUUCAGGGCGAUAGGCGUAUUUGCCCACGGCUUCCUGGCCGGCUAUGCGGUGUGGAACAUCAUCGUGAUCUACGUCCUGACUGGAGAGGAGUUCAGCACCAUGGGCAACCUGCUGCAGCAGUACCACACCCUGGCCUACCCCUCGCAGUCCCUACUCUACCUGCUGCUAGCACUGAGCACCGUGGCAGCUUUUGACAGGGUGAACUUGGCCAAGGCCACCAUUGCCUUGAGGAGUCUAAUGAUGCUGGACCCUGUAGCCAUCGCCUCAAUGUUGUACUUCACUGCCCUGGUCCUGACUCUCAGCCAGCAGAUGACCAGUGACCGCAUCAAUCUCUACCCCUCCGCCAACUCCACUCUAUGGCCCCCAGGUUCGGAGCGCGAUGUGCUGUACCCCUGGGUGGUGGUGAACCUGGCCGUGACCCUCAUGGUGGGCCUGGCCUGGGCCCUCAUCGCAACUGGGCCGGAGACAGACUACACAGAGGAGUUCCUGUUGUCGAUGGAAGUGGAGUACCCCAAAGCGAUUGAGAAGGGAGACAUGCCUGCCUGACGCCACCAGGGGGAGUCCUACACCUACUGGAGCUUAUUUUUCUAUCACAUAUUCUGUAAAUAUUUUUGUAUGGCCCCUGUAUAUACACAUGUUUUGAGAGAUCAAGACCAAAUAAAUUUGAAAAGUCUGUACAGUCAAUCAGUUUGCAGAUUUUUUUUGUUUUUUUAAACAUGCACGUCUUUUACAUAAAAAAGGAAAAGGGUACUUUGCACAAGAAAAUACCUGAAGUGUGCGGAUUGUCUCCUUUAUGUUAGAACUCUCCUAAAUCCUGCACCUUCAACAGAUGAGUGGGGACCUUUCCCUACUUCAUUCAUUUCUUUAACCCAGAGAAAGUAGAGUACUUUAUGUGUAAGUAGUUUUUGGCCUUUGCCUUUACUGGAUUGGACAGUGAAGGUGGUUACAGGACACAAAGUGGGAGAGGAGAUGGGGCAGGGCUGGGGAAAUUACCCAGGUCAGAUUCGAACCCGGAGUAUGUUUCUCGACAGUAUCGUGUUGCUAACCAAGUUAGCAGUUUACUUAAAUACAAUGCAAUUUUCUGGUUAGCAACGAUGUUGUGGAGAAAGAGGGUCCUGAUCCCAUAUCGAAAAUACUUUGCUUGCGAUUGUCCACUUUCCAUGUGAAAACUUUUUUUUCAAAGUCAUGGCACAUAAUCUUCCAAAGCCCACAACA